AUGUCGCUACUCUGCCAGACGUGCAACGACGUCGUCUUCGUGCCGGUGGACGAGGGUGAUGGGUUGGAGUUCAAGGCCGUUCUUCACCCCAAUCUGGCUGCCCUGGAGAUGUCGCCGAGGCCAAUCGCUGCGCAGUCUGCGCUGCUCUGCUGGUAUCCGACCAGCGACUGGGAAUUCGCCAGUCUUGAUGAUGAUGAGGUUGAUUAUCCUACGUCUGUCCACUUCAUGCACCCGUUGGGAUCCGACUUUCUCAAGAUAGGCCAGCCCGAGGUCCUGAGCAAAGGGAGGUGGGCUCAGGGGUACCACCAGCAGCUUGAUGAGGGGCUCGCUAGCUCUGCGGGAGCCAAGCGCAUAGCCCAGGAGACGGCUAUUCUUGGCCCAUGCCCAUCAACGCUCGGCACCGCAACGGCCAUAGACGACUCAACGGGGAGCGAUGCGGCCAUGCAUCUCGCAGCGCGGUGGAUAAACACAUGCCGCCAGGGCCACAAGAGCUGUCAGGGGACAUGGGGGUCACAGGCCGGCAGCAUCCUACCAACUCGUCUUCUUGAUCUCUCACAUGCACUGGGGCCUGAGGGGGUCGUCCUCGUGGUCAAGACUGCUACUCUGGCCCGGGCUACUGAGUACGCCACACUUAGCCACCGUUGGACGCCAGACAAUCCCUGCACCCUGACGACCUCCAACCAGGACGAGCUCGGCAGCAAAGGUAUCCAUAUCAGCAAGCUAUCGAGGACCUUUGCAGAGGCCUGCGUGACUACGCGCAAGCUAGCGAUCGGCCAUCUCUGGAUCGACUCUCUGUGCAUCCUGCAAGACUCGGGUGCGGACAAGGCAAACGAGAUACCCCUGAUGGCAGAUUACUAUGAGAACGCGGUACUCAACGUUGCCGCGGCGGCGGAGAGCGUCGGUGGCCUCUGGCGGACCAGGGAUGGGCGUGCGACGACACCUUUCAAGCUCCCCGCCUCGCUUCAAAUCCCAGGCCUAGUGCCCUACACCAAGAAGCUCAUGCUCGAUCUAGCCCCCAGGCUGCAAGCGCCGCCAUCUCACCUCGACAGCCGAGGCUGGAUCCUGCAAGAGCGCAUAUUCCCCCUCCGCACCCUCUUCUUCGACUCGUACUGGAUCUCCUUCGACUGCGCCGAGAUGGCAGCCUCCGAGUCCUGCCCCGGCGGCAUUGCCAAGCCCCCCGACAGCCCCAAAUCCCUCGGUGACGCCCUGGGCAGCAACUCGGGCAGGGACUACUCCCUCUCAGCUGCCGGCGGCAGGAUCCGCCGGCUCAGGGAGCUGUCCGACGCCGCAGCCACCAGCGGACGCAGACUGAGUCGGGCGGACAGAAAGGGUGCGUAUACGCUCUGGCAGCGCGUGGUCGAGGACUACUCGCGACGCGCGCUGACCUUCGAGUCGGACCGCUUCCCCGCCAUCGCGGCGCUCGCGGCGCGCAUGGCCGGCCUGCUCGACGACACGUACGUGGCCGGCCUGUGGCGAAGCCGGAUGCUGGAGGGGCUCGAGUGGGACUGCUCGGGCAAGUACUGGCGCGAGAGGCGCCGGAUCUCGGUCAGGCGCGCCCCGUCGUGGUCCUGGGCCUGCCUCGAGCACCGUCUGGAGCACACGCCGCCCGACCCGAGCUCGCGGGAGGGGCGGCUGCCCUACGGCGUGGGCUAUGAGAAUAUUGUCGACGACGUUGUUGACGAGGUGGAGCUUCUAAGCGUCGAGGGGGUCGGCAGGUCGGCGCUCGACGGCUCUCCAGACGCGAAGCUGGUCGUCAGAGGCCGCCCCGUGCGCAGCAGGGUCUACAAAAGCGAUGAUGUGCCGCGCCUUGUUGGUACAUCGACGCACAGCGAGCGGCUGGAGUCCAUCCCAGCCGGUGUCAAGGUUACUGCUGUCGACGAUCUGAUUCCACCCAAUGACAAAAGCCGGACGGACAGGCUGUAUUGGCGAAUCCACGCUGCAGGCACAGAUGGGACCGGGGAUCGCGGCAUGAUGACCAUGACGGUGAUGGUGGAUGACUAUGAGCAGAUGGAAAAGUGUGGAGGCGUGGCUUGGGUUCUGCCCUUGCGGCAGAAGCACAUCACGGGAUUCUGGCUGCUCUUCAGCCUGGUGCUCCGGGAAGUCUCGGACGGCGUCUUCGAGCGGGUGGGCGUGGUGAAUGGAAAGCAGGAUACAAUGCUGUGGGCGCAGGAGAAGACGGUGAUGCUCGUGUAGACAGCCAUUGUGUUCCGCAGGGCAGAGAACGAGAAAAGAUUGGACAGCUGGGAGCUAGCACAUUCUCA